UUAUGACGUUUUCGUUCGAUCAGUCGUCUGUCGCCAGGGUUCCGAUUUUUCAUAAAACAAGCAAUCCCGUAAUUAAAUCAGGGCAUAUUCCGGUCCAAAUAAUGGGUUACACGUUUCUUAAAAUUGCUUCAUCUGCGUACAGGAAAGGAGGGCCUAUAAGGAAUGCUACAAGAAACUAUGCUACCACUCAUGAGGCUGACAUAGUUGUGAUAGGUUCGGGCCCUGGCGGCUACGUCGCGGCUAUCAAGGCGGCACAACUGGGUAUGAAGACAGUGUCAGUGGAAAAAGACUCAACCCUAGGUGGUACUUGCCUCAAUGUAGGAUGCAUUCCUUCCAAAGCCCUGCUCCACAACACACAUUUAUAUCACCAAGCUAAACAUGACUUUGCACACCGAGGUAUUGAAACAGGCCCAGUCAACUUCAACUUUAGUAAAAUGAUGGAAUACAAAGUCAAUGCUGUUAAGGCUCUAACUGGUGGAAUUGGCAUGCUAUUCAAAAAGAAUAAGGUGACAUUAGUUCGUGGUGUAGGAACAAUUAUUAACCCCAAGAAGGUGGAAGUGAAAGGAGAAAAAGGCGUCGAAACAAUUAACACGAAAAACAUUUUGAUCGCCACUGGCUCUGAAGUGACGCCUUUCCCAGGUGUUACGUUUGAUGAACAACAAAUCAUUACGUCUACUGGAGCUCUUUCACUUAAGUCAGUUCCCAAAAAAAUGCUGGUCAUUGGUGCAGGAGUCAUUGGUUUGGAACUUGGUUCAGUGUACCAGAGGCUGGGUGCUGAUGUCACUGCCAUUGAAUUCCUUGGAACUAUUGGAGGUGUUGGUAUUGAUGGUGAAGUAGCCAAAACUUUACAUAAGAUACUUUCGAAACAAGGAAUGAAGUUCAAAUUGAACACGAAGGUCACUUCAGUGAAGAAAGAAGGUGGCAUAGUCAAAGUUGAAGUAGAGCCCUCCAAAGGUGGUGGCGCCAAGGAAGCUUUGGACUGCGACGUUGUUCUUAUUUCCAUUGGCCGUCGUCCGUACACCACUGACCUUGGUCUUAAGAACGUUGGUAUCGCUCUCGACGACAGGGGCCGAGUGCCCGUUAACAACAAGUUCCAGACAACAGUCCCUGGAAUUUACGCCAUUGGUGAUUGCAUUCAUGGACCUAUGUUGGCCCACAAAGCUGAAGAUGAAGGAAUCGUAUGUGUUGAAGGAAUUAAGGGCAUGCCGGUUCAUUUCAACUACGACGCGAUCCCAUCUGUAAUUUACACGACACCUGAAGUUGGAUGGGUCGGCAAAUCGGAGGAAGAUCUCAAGAAAGAGGGUAAGGCAUACAAAGUAGGCAAGUUCCCAUACCUAGCCAAUUCAAGAGCGAAAACUAAUGGUGAACCCGACGGUUUCGUUAAAGUUUUGUCAGACAAAGCGACAGACGUAAUCCUCGGUACCCACAUUAUUGGACCCGGUGGUGGCGAGCUGAUCAACGAGGCCGUGUUAGCGCAAGAAUACGGUGCGGCGGCUGAAGAUGUCGCCAGAGUGUGCCAUGCGCAUCCCACAUGUGCGGAAGCUCUUCGUGAAGCAAACUUAGCAGCGUACUGUGGAAAACCCAUUAACUUCUAGUUAUAGGUCUAAAUAUUUAUCAAACAACCCACUCAGAACAUCCGGGCUUUUAAGUUAGUUAUAUAAUAGAUUCGCUCUAAGCAAUCGUGUGUGAAUCUGAUUUGAAUGUAAUUUGGGUACUGAUAUAAGUAUGAUAUUGUCUCUUUCCCAUUCGUCUUCUAAUUCGCUUAUCUCUGUGCAAUUAUUUAAAGAACCACGCCUAACGAAAUAAUACUUUAUUUUUCUUAUACAAUUGGUGUACAAGCCUUUACAGUUUAUUUCUGAUUUUGAAUAUUUUUUUUUUAGAAAUUCAUUCCGUUUUAUUUAUUUUUGUUUAGUGAAGAUUGCUUUGACUUGCAUCUUGCAUUUGAAAGUGAAUAAUUUACACCUUGUAUAUUUAUUUUGUAAAUAUAGUUUUACAAAAAUACAUUCUUCUAUGAACGA